ACGUCUUCUUCGGGCGCCCCCUCGCAUAGGCUAAGUUUGCCGUGCUGCGUGCUGGUUUCCCCGGCGGGAGCGCUUCGAUCAUGGCGAGCGAUUUCUAUUUGCGGUACUACGUUGGGCAUAAGGGCAAGUUUGGCCAUGAGUUUCUGGAAUUCGAGUUCCGUCCUGAUGGUAAACUCAGAUAUGCAAAUAACAGUAAUUACAAAAAUGAUGUCAUGAUCAGAAAAGAAGCCUACGUACAUAAAAGUGUGAUGGAAGAAUUAAAGAGGAUCAUUGAUGACAGUGAAAUUACAAAAGAAGAUGAUGCAUUGUGGCCUCCACCAGAUAGAGUUGGUCGGCAGGAGCUUGAAAUUGUGAUUGGGGAUGAACAUAUCUCUUUCACAACAUCAAAAAUCGGUUCUCUUAUUGACGUGAAUCAGUCCAAGGAUCCAGAAGGUCUAAGAGUGUUUUAUUAUCUUGUCCAAGAUCUCAAGUGUCUAGUCUUCAGUCUCAUUGGAUUACAUUUCAAGAUUAAACCAAUUUAAAUUGUGUGGAUUUAAAUUUGUAUAGUAAAGUUUUUUUGGGGGGGAUUCUUUUCAUUCCGUAUCUUACAUAAUGUUUAUAUAUGUCUGUUUUAUACAGAGUGAUUUAAUAAAAACUAAGACUUUUUUCUUUUUAUUCAGAAAGUCUUUGUUGAACAAGAUUCAUAUUUUAGGAACGGGCUGUUUUCGUGUUUUUUAUGUUUGCAUGAAUUUGAGGGGGUUGGUAAUAUAACAAAAGAGUCAACACUUUCAUCUAGAUAUGUACAUAAUUGUUCUUUUAGCCUUUCUGUUUUGAAGAAAGUUAAGCAACUAGUAUGUUCAAGAACUGUGGGUGUCUAUGGAUUUUCGCUUUCUUCGAAAUACAAUGGAAGAGUUUCCAUAAGUCAGAACAAGUGAUUAAGGAAGAUAUUUGUGUAUCUAAAGGAACAGAUGCAACGAUACAGACCAGUAUCUUAUGGUGAUAGACAUUAUUGGGUUAUGUUUUUAAUGCAACAAAUUCUUAUUAGAAAUAACAAUUAGAUCAUUAUUUUGUAUUAAGUAAUUAAAAAUAAGAUAAAU